CCCCUCGCGAAGGAGACGCCCGUUGCCAUGGAGCUGCCCGCGCAAACCUUGCGGCUCGCGGCCGGGGACAGCCACGGCGAGGGCCCACCGGUGCUCCCCGGAGGGGUUUUUUCGUGAGGGGCCGCCGCCCAGGGGGUCUCCGCUCGCAGCCCACGCCGCUCGGACCCCAGGCCGGUCCGCCCACAGCUACUUCCCUGCCUCUCAAGAUGGAAGAAGGUGAUAGCCUAUUCCCUGAGGAGGAGCUUUUGGGCAACGUCCCGCUUGUGGAAGAUGGGAGCCCCGCACUCGCUGGCCCUGCUCUGAGUGCGGCCACUGUCCCUGUGGACCCCCAGGUGCCUACAGAGGAUGCGGACCGGAAGCCCGUGGGCGGGACAAAGAUGGACAAGGACAUCCUGGCCCGCACGAUGGAGCGGCUGCGAGACGGGGUGAUCCACAAGCAGGUGGUGUCGGGGCGUGAGUUCAAAGGCUGCCCCUUCAACAGCAAGCCCAAGCUCAUCCACUUCAAGGACUUCGAUGUCGGCAAGGUGUACAGGGAGACGAUCACGCUGGUCAACGCCUCCUACACGAUUAACCACUGCAAGCUGGAGGGCGUGGAGCCACAUCUCCGGGACUUCGUCCACGUCGACUUUGAUCCCCCUGGUCCCAUGUCAGCUGGGAUGUCCUGCGAAGUGCUCGUCACCUUCAAGCCCAAGCUCCGCGGUAUCACCACGCCGCACAUCACAGCCCCAGANGAAACGCUCCGGAAAUUUCAAGCAUGGGGCCAGGCCAAGGCAGAGCUGGCUGAGCAGAAGGCCCAAGCAGAGAAGGAGGCGAUUCUGGCCCAUGGCGGGGACGCUUUCAAGCACCUUUUCCAUCAACGCCGGCAACGGGAGCUGGAGGCCCAGAAACAUGCCUUCGAGGAGGAGCAGAGGCUCAGAAAGCGUGAGAUUAAACCCCCAUCCUCACCCCCUUUCACACCCUGGUUUUGCAUCCAUGUGUGUUUCUCACCUGAAUCAAUUAUGACGACAGUGACACAGGGUGACUUCGAAUUUCAUCGCCCUUCUCGCUUUCUACUGUCAAAGACGACUUUGUCUUGUCUGCGUGUGUUUAUCGACUCUCUCUCAGGCUUCUCUUCCCUUCAGGGUCCUAAUCUUUAUUGUGCUGCUCCAGGCCAGGGGGCCUUUCUCAAGCUGUUUCCUCAUCCUCUUGACGUGCGCCUGUCUCUCCCUGAGCACUCUGGCACACGAGAUGCUCCCGGCCAUGUUGUCCGGGGAGCCCAGUAUCUGAAAGUGAAGAACGGUGCUGGGACUGAAGGCAGAGCCUCGGUGUUCGGCCAGUGUAGGCCCAGAGGGCUCAGAGGAGGAGGAGCUGAGCUGUCAGAGGUGUGCAGUGUCCGCCCAGGGUGUUUGUCCAGCCUCGGUGCCUGGACCCCCCCCCAGAUCCCUAGGGUUGACGCUCCGCAGAGGGCACGGUCUAAUCACCAGCCCCUUUGCCCACAUAAACAAAAACACCUCUCCUUUGCAAGGAACGUCAUGUGGCACAUUGAGAUCCAGGAGGGGCAGCUGGAGGGUGUCCGGGAGUCUGCUCGAGCGCAGGCAGAGGCCACCAGGAGGUGCCUCCAGGCGCGGGCGGCUGAGCAGCUUGGCAAGGAGAAGGAGGCCUGGGCGAAGGCGGAGAAGAACCGGCGGUUGAGGGUCAGGAGGUCCACGUAUCUGCAGAAGGAGCAGAGACUGCAGCACCAGAAGCUGGUGGAAGAUGCCAGGAAGAACCACAGGACGGCCGUGAAGUUCCUGAAGGCCUCGCUGGGCAGGGCUCGCGAGCAGGUCAGGCAGCAGGAGAUGGAGUCCCGCGAGCACCUGAGGAGGCGCAUGGACGCCGUGCUGGCCCUGAAGAAAAACAUCACCGCCAACCGGGAAACGCUCCGGAAAUUUCAAGCAUGGGGCCAGGCCAAGGCAGAGCUGGCUGAGCAGAAGGCCCAAGCAGAGAAGGAGGCGAUUCUGGCCCAUGGUGCCUUCGAGGAGGAGCAGAGGCUCAGAAAGCGUGAGAUUGUGAGUCGGAUUUUGAAGGACGAGGCUGCGCAGGAGAGCAGGAAGAGGAGGCUGCCUUCUCUCGCCAAAACGGCAGCCCGGCUGGCCCUGAGGGACAGGACCUGGGGCUACAUUGCCGAGGUCUGCGAAGGGAAGGCCGCCACAGCCGCUCCCUGCUACCCAGUGGAGGACGACGGUUUCACACACCUCGAAAACGCUCAUCUAGUGAAAUGCAUCUCCAGUGAGUCUGUCCAGGGGGACCCCGGGAGUGCCAACUGGGAGGACGAAACGCUGGCUGAGCCGGAAAUCUCCGGCCUUUGGAACGAAGACUAUAAGUCGUGCCAGGCGGUGUCCAGGCGCCUGUGCACCGAGCUGGAGAACGAGAGAGCUCUGCAGGCGAAAAUCUUGGCCACGCUCAAGGAGAGCGAGAGUGCAGGUCAGCGCUGGUUUGGCUGGUCCAGGCUGGGCUUGUCUGGGCAGCGCUGUGCCCGGCCACAGUUGUAUUUCCGAGCCGUCGGUGUUGCUGUUGAUGUACCGGUCUGGGUGCCAAAGCCCAGCGUAGACCUGAAGAUAUGCAUGUUCGACCGGCUGUACCGGGACUCCAUCCUCAUCCAGUCACGGUCAAAAGCAGCCCUGCGCCUGAAGCUUGAGGUGUGCAAGGAGCUCAGGGGCCACAUGGAGCUGCUGCCUGAGACUGGCUACAUCCAGGCCCUGUCGUCCUAUUCUGUGCAGCUCAAGUUCCUGCCACGACACUCCCUCCCAGAAGAUGCAAAGAAGUAUUUUGACAAGGAAAGCAGAGUCCUGGAGGCCCCGGUGACAAUCUGGGUGGCUGACCAGAUCAAACCAGUGGGGUUCACUGUCCAUGCCAUAGUCACCACCUCGGACCUGGAGCUCAGCCCCUCAGAGGUGGACUUUGGCUACUGCACCAUCUACGAGGCCAUCAGGACCUCAGUCAGCCUCUGCAACCGCUCCCUCCUACCCCAGGAGUUCGGGUUCGUCGGGCUCCCUAAGUUUGUGGACAUCCAGCCCAACGAUGGGUUUGGGACGAUCCUGCCACUGGACACCCUGGAGCUCGACGUGAUCUUUCAGCCCACCAAGGCCAAGAUGUACAGCUUCACUCUCACCUGCAAGUCAGAGAUCAACCGGUGCUUCAAGCUGACGUGCCGGGCCGUGGGUGUCCACCCGCCCUUGGAGCUGUCCCACUACCAGAUCAAGUUUGCGGCCACUUCCUUGUACGACACGUCCUUAGCCACCCUGUACGUCAUCAACUCUCACCUGAGCAUGAACUCGCUGACACACUCUGUGCCCCGCAUCGGCACUGAGGACACCUGCCCCGUGGGACCCACGUCUUUCCAGUUCCUGCUGCCCCCCGACUCGCCCAUCACCAUCUCGCCCUCAGUGGGGACUGUGUUGCCGGGAAAGAGGUGCCUGGUCCAGGUGGCCUUCCAGCCCAUGUUGCCCAGUGAACUGAUCCACCAGCAAGCCUUCCAGGCCCUGAUGAAAGACAUGGAGAUCAAAUCGUUCCGCAAGGACAUGGCCACCCAAAGGAAGGACCCAAAGGGACAGCCCCUCUCCCUCCUGCGGCUGCAGAACCGAGACCGACUGUUCCAGGCCUCCACCUCCCACAGCCUGGAGCUGCAGAGGCAGGACCUCAAGUGCAGUUCCAGCGAGUACCAGGUGGCCCAGGCCAUUCUGGCCAGAUCUUUCCAGGGGAAAUUUUACAAGUUUGUGGUCCCUUGUGUCGUUGCCAGUGGCGACAUCCAAGACCAGAAGGUGCUGGAACCCCUGAGCUUCAGUCCCCAUAACACCCUGUACCUGGAGUUGUGGUGUCCAGCUGUGGCACCGUCCAUCGUGGUGACAUCCGACAAAGGCAAGACCGUCUCCAACUUUGGUGACGUCGCUGUAGGACACCAUGGCAUAAAGAAGGUCUCCAUCCAGAACAUCUCCCAUGAGGAUCUGGCUGUGGAAUUCUCCUUGCUGAACCCCAAUGGCCCCUUUGUCCUGCUGAACCCCAUCAGCAAGCUGCCUGCCGGAGAGACCCAGGUUCUGGCACUGUCCUUCUGUCCCCAUGAGAGCAUGAUGGCCCAAGAAACACUGGACAUCAUCACCGAGAGAGGCACGCUCUCCCUGACCCUCAUCGGCACGGGGGUGGCCUCCAUAAUCACAUGCUCCAUUGAAGGGGACGUCCUCAACAUGGGUUACGUGAUUGCCAGAGAGUCUGUCUCCUCCAGCUUCAAGCUGCAGAACAACUCCUCGCUGCCCAUCAAGUUCUCCGUGCAGCUGGACAGCGUCUCCUGCACGAGGUGGGAGAACCAGCAGCAGCUGCCGCAGUUCCUCGCCUCGCCCGCCCAGAGGACCGAAGUUGUGGGCACUCAGAACCACAGCGGCCAGAGCGUGUUCAGCGUGUUCCCUGUGGAGGGCGUCAUGGACCCCGGUGGGGCACAGGACUUCACCGUGACCUUCAGCCCGGACCACGAGAGCCUGUACUUCUCCGACCGGCUGCAGAUCGUGCUCUUCGAGAAGAAAGUCUCCCAGCAGAUCCUCCUGAAGGGCAUGGCCCGCGAGCACAUGAUGUUUGUGGAGGGCGGAGACCCCCUGGACGUGCCUGUGGAGUCCCUGACAGUGAUCCCUGCCCAGGACCCUGAGCGCAGAGACGUCAGCCCCCAGCCAGGCCCCCCCUCUCCAGAAACCGAGGAGCUGAAACCCAUUCUGGUGACACUGGACUACAUUCAGCCGGACACUGACACACCGGCCCCCCCUGCCACCCGCGAGCUGCACGUGGGCUGCAUCCGGACCACGCAACUGUCCCCUAAGAAGACAGUCGAGUUCAGCCUGGACAGCGUGGCAUCCUUGCAGCACCAUGGCUUCACCGUCGAGCCCUCCAGGGGCUUCGUGGAGCGGGGCCAGACCAAGACCAUCAGCAUCUCUUGGAUGCCGCCCGCCAACUUUGAUCCGGACCACCCACUCAUGGUGUCAGCUCUGCUGCAGCUCAAGGGGGACGUGAAGGAGACCUACAAGGUCUUCUUUAUAGCCCAGGUGGUGACCAGCCCCUGAAGCCACAGGAGCCUCUCUAUGGAGCACACCCCACCUCGGCCCUCCUGCCCACCCUCGAAGCCCUCCCCAGUCUGUAGGCCAGGCUGAACCACCCAGGGGCUGGGACCUGGGCAUCUCCUGCUGGGCAGGUUCAAAUGGGUAGCCCUCUGUAUGGCCACAUGGCCAGGGCACCCCAACCUCACAGCCACGGAUACUUCCUGCUGCCCUGGAGCUAGUGAGCCCAGGGGCUGAGGGCUCCCCCUCCCUCUCAGGCACCCACACUCAGAGCCAGCAAUUAGGCCAGUCCCGCCCACAAUCUGCCCCUAGCCUCAGCCCCUUGGAGACCCCAACCCCACCAGCACCUGCCCCCACAGAUCUGUCAAUAAACCUAUGU